AUGGGUUGCACUUUGUUGGUCAAUACUUCAAUGGGCGCAUUGUGCUGUCACUACGAACACUUGGACGACUCGUUGCUGUCGCUUCCGCGAACGUCUGCAAUGGAUAGCAACGUUGAUUUACUCAACGCUGCUGCACCGCUUGCUGCUGUGUCUACUUCAGUCCGCAUUUCUUCCUCAUCUUUGCCAAUUGACAGCAAAAUGGAGAGAUACAUUUCACAGCCGAAAAGUAAGUACGACACCUCACACUCCAGAGCUUUGAUAGGCGAGCACUGGCGCAAGACGUCGAAUGGGACGUUCAUUCCACUUUCUCUACUAGAGCUCAGUGUCCGCAGUAUCUGUGCUACAAUGCUGGUGCUCAACCAUGAUGCAUUACAAGCUACACUUGUCCCACCUGAAGUAGCAGCUAUCAUGAUUGCAUGGCUUCGACAGCAUUAUGUACUCGAGAAGCCGCAGUUUCAGUCGCUUGUGCCGUACUUACUAUUUGAAUGGAACCUUGCAAACGUCCAAGAAGUCGAGGACUCGUGGUUCAAUGACGUACCAGCGACAAAGUUACAGAGUGUGAAGAGCAUCGACGUAUCAGGAUGUACCCAAUUGCAGCAAUUUGGGUCCAAGUGGGGAAAUCACGUAUACAAACUGCCAGAGCUGGUAGUGGCUUCAUUUAAAAAAUGUACCCAGCUAUCGUGGAAAGUUAUCGAGAUGUUACAGUACUCAACAAAGUUAACGGCACUUGAUUUGUCGGGGUGUCUUAAUGUGGAUGACAAGUGCCUGAAAAUAAUAAAAGUGCUUGUACAUUUGACAUCGUUGCAACUGAUUGGUUGUUAUCAAGUGACAAAUUUAGGAAUUGAGCAUUUGUUACCGUUAAAGUAUUUAGAAAAAUUGCGCUUAGGCCGCUGUCGAAAAUUAACGGACGAAGCUUUUGAUAGAUUCGCGACAUCGUUUUCGAAGUUGCGCGAAUUGGAUGUUGCUUAUUGUCGAUUAAGUAAUGUUGCCAUGGAGCAUAUUGGGCGGAUUGAAAGUUUACAAGUUUUGACGAUACGUGGCUGUCCGAUCAUUACAGACGACGGCGUGGCAGCGCUUGCUGGUCUAACGAAUCUUAUAAAAUUUGAUGCGCGACAUUGUAGUUUGAUUCGGUGGGUUCCAGCAGAGUGGACCCAGCUUCAGGUUUUGCUGAUUGGAUAUACUGCAUUUGAUGAGACGAAUGUAACUAUCCUUCAAAAUCUAACUAAGCUGCAAGAAAUUGAGCUUCACAAGUGUCACAUUAAAAAGAGAGGAUUCGAUAUCAUAAGCCGGUUGCCAUGCCUUGAACGCUUGAUGCUGGAAGACACUGACUUAAGUGACUCUUCCCUACUAAAAAUUUGCAACGAGGCAAAAGAUUUGACGGCACUUAAUGUUUCAGACACUGAAGUCAGCGAUAGUGGAGCUACGGGCCUAGCAAAGCUCACGAAGUUGCGUAUUCUUCGAUUAGAUACAUCGAAGAUAACUUGUAAGGCACUUGCGAAUCUUUCAAUUCUCACACAUCUUGAAUACUUGGACUUGUUUGGAGCGAAUAUCUCGGAUAUUGGUCUCAUGCACCUUAUCCCGCUGCGCAACCUUCAAGAAUUGACGGUAUGUGGAGGUAAUAUUAGUGACCGCGGAGUGGGCUUCAUUUCAAAAGUGACGUCGUUAACGUCUCUAAAUCUGAGUCAAAACACAAAUAUCCGAACCAAGUCGGUUAUCUAUCUCCAAGCUCUUACUGGUCUUCGGUGCCUGAAUUUGUCAAACACUGGGAUUUCUGCUGCCUCACUUUGUCAUCUAUCUCCUUUAAGAAAUUUACAAUCCUUGUCCGUGUACGGGUGUUUGCUCUCUCGAGAUCAUAUUGAGGGCUUGAAAGAAAUGUUGCCCGAGCUGACGGUUUUGCGUUGCACUUAG